AUGCCUAAUCCUACCUUCAAACUCAAUACGGGGCACAAUAUACCCGGCGUCGGGUUCGGAACAUUUGACCCCAAACACCCGGAAAAGGCAUACGCUGCGACCCUCCAUGCACUCCAUGCUGGGUACAGACACCUCGACUGUGCUGCUCUGUACAUCAAUGAAGAACUCGUCGGCAAUGCGAUACAUGAAUUUCUCGAGGCUCGUCCUGAUGUUCAGCGUAAGGACCUUUUUAUCACCACCAAGGCAUGGAACAAUAUGCAUGAACCAGAGGAUGUGGUGGCCAGCAUAAAAGAGUCCCUCCGAAAGCUGAGACUGGACUAUGUUGAUUUGUAUCUUCUGCAUUACCCCAUUGCGACGGUAAAGGAUGAAAAAGGAGGAGAGGCUGUGGGUGUUGAUGGAAAGUACAUUGUCAAGAGGGGACUCACAGAGCAUCCAGAGCGCACCUGGCGUGCAAUGGAGAAAGUUGCUCGAGACGGUCUCACACGCGCGAUUGGAGUUUCAAACUGGUCUGUCUCACGACUACGUUCGCUGCUGAAAUUUGCAUCCAUACCACCUGCUGCAAACCAGAUUGAGAUUCACCCUUUCUUCCCAAACACCAAGGUUGUUCAGUUCUGCUUCGACCAUGGUAUACUUCCUGUGGCAUAUUCGCCGCUUGGGUCCCAGGUCCUUACAUGUGGCGAAGCGGAAAAGGCUCGUGGUCGACAUGUACUUCGAGAUAUUGCUAGCAAGAAAGGCUGUGACAUUGGACAGCUUCUCAUAGCUUGGGGUGUGAGACGGGGUUAUCCAGUACUCCCAAAAUCUUUUACGCUGUCACGAAUCACGAGCAAUUUCCACCCUGUCGAGCUCACAGAGCAGGAGUUCAAGGCAGUUGGGGAUGCUCCGGGAGGAAAAUACACUCGCUUUGUUGAUCUUAGCGUUGAAUAUUCUUAUGACAACUUUUGGGCUGAUGAAGAAGAUAAAUAG